UAGUCGCUACCACCCACCCUAAAGUAAUUACUUCUCAGAUGCACGUGUAUGCUGAAGAAAACUCCCUCCCUCCUCCCCUAAACAUCACUGUUCUCUUCCCCUCUUGUGUCUGGCUUAUUCUCUCUCUGUCUCUCUCGUGCAUGGCUGUCUGUCUGACAUCUUGACUUCAGUGGGUGGACUGACUGCUCAUGGUUGGUAUUUCCCAUCACAGAGGAAGUGUACUGGGUUGAAAACAUCAGUCUGUCGGUUGUCUUCUCUCAUCAGAGUAUUUCUAACUGGAGUGCUCGCAGCGCUCUUCUUGUCAUCGUGUGGGACUCUAAUGAUCUGGCGGUAACUCAAAGGUUCUGAAGCCUCCCAUCAGGCUGUCUGAAUGGAAAUCUCCUGUGCCUGAGGGUUACUGAAGGAGACAGAAGUUCUUGACCCACUUUGAAGAACCAUUGUCGACAACAACUGACAGGAACUACUACAGUUUGAACCUGAACAAAGAUGGAGAAACAGAUUAAUAAAACAAACUUGAACUUGACUUGCGUGACAAUCUCUAAGAGCCCUAUCAGUGACUUCCUGAUGGGCAUCUACAUCCUGGCCUUCAUCCUGGGCUUGGCCUUUAACCUCUUGACCCUUGGCCCCAUCGUCCAGCAGGUCCGCAGCCAGAACGUCCUGGGGGUAUUCCUGCUCAACCUGUCCAUGUCUGACCUGCUCUAUAUCCUCACCAUGCCUCUCUGGAUCAACUACUACCACCGGGACCACCACUGGAGCCUGGGCAGCCUCUCCUGCAGCGUGGCCGGCUUCUUUUACUACUCCAACAUGUACCUUAGCAUCUACCUGCUGUGCUGCAUCUCUGUGGACCGCUGCCUGGCCGUCACCUACCCCCUGAGGACCAAGGCCUUCCGCAGCGCGCGCUACGCCUGGGUGCUGUGUCUGGUCGUGUGCGUGACUGUCAUGUCCGGACACGGCCUGGUGUUGUUCAAGGACAACCUGCAGGACGCCCACGACGACACGCAGGACCGCUGCUACGAGACCUACCCCAUGCCGCAGCCCGUGGCCCUGUUCAACCUGCUGCGGGUGGGCAUCGGCUUCCUGCUGCCCCUUCUGGUGCUGGGGCUGUGUUACUGGAGGAUCCUGGGCCAGGUGAAGCAGAGCGAGGGGCUGGGGGAGCAGGCUAAGAGGAAGGUACGGCUGCUGUCCAUCGGGGUGAUCGGGAUAUUCUCUGUGUGCUUCGCCCCCUACCACCUCCUCCUGCUGACCCGCUCCCUGGCCUACUACCACAUGGACGAACAGAGGUACUGUGAGUUUGAGCAGAACAUGCACUUCCCCUUCUCGUGCACGCUGGCCCUGUCCAGCCUGAACAGUGUGGUGGACCCAGUGCUGUAUGUGCUGGUCAGUAACGGGGUGAGGGAGGACAUGAGACUGUGCUGCUGUGGGAACAGACAGGGUCAGAAGGAGAGAGACAGUCCCCUCACCACUGUAACAUGGAAGACAGAUAAUACAAGCCUGAUCUGAUUACAUACUGUGUGUGUUUGUAUGCAGUGUUGGGUAGGUUACUUUCUAAAUGUAAU